AUGGCAGCUCGACGGCGCGCCAAAAUAAUCCUCGGCAUAGGACUUCUCUCCUUCAUCUGGUGGCUUUUCUUCAGACCCACGCUACACCAUAGUAGCUUUCACCAAGUCACAAACACACCGCUAGAUUUGUUAAAGGCGGCUUUACAUGAUAGCCAGAAGCCUACAGAGUACUACGCCUCCAAUGCGGCGCGUGACUUCUGCGCCGCCCAUGGAUAUCCGGUGUUUGCGCCGCCCAGCGUCUCCAGUGAGCGCAAAGUAUACGACCUCGUCAUGGUCAACUCGGAGCUGGACUUUCUCGAGAUCCGACUCAACACACUAUACGACCAAGUCGACUACUUCAUCAUUGUGGAAUCGCCCAAGACGUUUCAGGGUGACAGGAAGCCCCUCGUUAUCAAGCAUAACUGGGCCUACUUCCGCCGCUACCAUGACAAGAUGAUUUAUCACGAGUUGGCGUUCCCAGCCUCAUUUCACCCCCACCGUGCGUGGGAUUACGAAGACUUGCAGCGAGACGCCAUGUACGAGCAGGUUAUGCUCACAUUGGAAGGGCCAAGAAGUCCGAUGCAAGGCGACGUUAUUAUCGUGGCCGACGUUGAUGAGAUCCCCCGUCCACAAACCGUGCUUGUGCUUCGCACCUGCAACUACCCCCGGCGUCUCACGCUCGCUUCCAAAUUAUACUACUACUCUUUCCAGUUUCUGCACGCUGGACCCGAGUGGCAGCACCCUCAGGCCACCUACUACCAAGGAUCGCGCACCCUCAAGCCUACCAAUCUGCGCAACGGGGAUGGUGGCUUUGCCCUGUUGCGCGGCCGGGAAAAGGGAGUGCUGAACAAUGCAGGCUGGCAUUGUAGCAGUUGCUUCGCUACCAUGGAGCAGUUCCUCAACAAAAUGUCCAGCUUCUCUCAUGGGUGGAUGAAUGCGGAGCGGUACAGGGACAAGGACAAGAUUGCUGCCGCCGUGAGUGACGGAAGAGAUCUCUGGGAGAGGCAACAGGAUACGUUUAUCAAGAUUGAAAAGAAUAAAGACAUUCCUCCGCUUGUGCUUGAGGAGCCGGAGCGCUUUGGCUACAUGACAAAUCGGGAUGGGCCGUCAGCAGGGUUCACGGAUUAUCCAUAG